CAGAAAGAACAGUAAAAAUGCAGGCAGGGCACAGGACAAAGCACUCGGGACAAAAUUGUAUUGAGUGAAUGUCACUUUUUAACAUUUUUAAAUUUCCCGCCUGUUUUGUCCCCCAUACGUCCCGACGCUUGCAGGGAGCAUAAACCGGAAGACGGAUGCCGGGGAUGCUGCAGGGGGGACAUUGCGGAGCGAAGGACAAGGUAUGUGCAGAAGGGAUCCCGGAGCAAUGCUGCAGAAUGUUCCCGAGUGUAGCUCGGGUUUACUGCUUUUGG